AUGGAAGAUCUCUUCUCCCAAUUCAUCUUACUCUCAGACCAAUCCCUCCAAGACAAGUUUUUCAAUCCUUCUUCAAUCGAAGACUUCAUGAAACUGUUUGAGCUCGAGUCUUACAAGGCAUGGGCUGCCGCGGAGCUUGACAACGAAAAAGAAGUACAAGAAGCUGAGGAAUCAAUGAAGGCGGCCGAGGACUAUCUUGACUCUGUCAUGGAGAGUGCUAUGGGAGAGUUUCGGUGUUUUGAAGAGGAGAUAGAACGCAAGUCCAAGGGUGAGAUGAAAAGCUUGGUUCAAGAUGGGGAAUCGGCUAGGAAGGCUGGGAAGUCCAUGGAAAAGGCAGCUACAAUUGCUUCCAAGAAGUAUGUUGAGGCUGCACUUAAUUCAGCUGGUGCUUCGAUGAAAUCAGCUUGGAAGGGGCUCUCUGCUAAUGCCAACAAGGUUCAUCCUUCUUGA